GGCUGCAUUCGCGUUUGCCGUUUCCCUCUGCCACCUAAAGAUUGUUUUGUCAAAUUGAUUUAUAGACGUCGUUACCAGCAUGGCCGCUCCACCUCCUCGUCCCACACGGCCAGGUAAAAAGGAAAUUCAAGUCGUCCGUGCGCUGUACGAUUAUACUGCUCAACGUUCAGAUGAAUUGAGUUUCAAUGAAGGAGAUGUCUUGUUUGUACUAAACAAGGACGAAGAACACUGGUGGAAAUGUCGUUGUAACGAGCGAGAAGGGUUUGUUCCUAGAAACUAUGUUGGAGAAAAUACGGCCGAGAUAGACAAUCCUUUACAUGAAGCUGCCAAGCGAGGAAAUGUCGGAUUUACGCAAGAACUCCUUUCGGCAGGAGUAUCCGUAAAUGGCUUGGAUAAAGCUGGAAAUACACCUCUUCAUUGGGCCUGUCGUGGAGGUCAUGCGCAGAUCGUUGCGUUAUUAUUACAGAGGCGACCCGCGUUGAAUCCUCAGAACAAGCUGGGCGAUACGCCUUUGCAUCUAGCCGCGUGGGGCGGCCACACAAAAGUUGUCCAACAGCUUCUUGACCAAGAGGGAAUAGACACACGAAUUCGAAACAAUGAUGGGAAAUCAGCCGUCGACAUUGCAAAGUCGGAUGAAACAGCUUCAGUGUUGAUGCAAUUUACGGGAACGGGAUAUGCUGCUGGUCUAAUGGCAGAGGACAAUGACUCUGAUGACGAUUAGAUACUGUUGUCAACAAUUGGUUUACUGAAGUGCUCUGAUGGAGCUUGCGGCUUUCUACACGGGUGCCAAUACUGGUAUAGUAUUGAUAAACUGAUACAAUAUCCAUUUGUAAAUUUUGGGGCUUGUAUCCUCCUCUAGCUCUUGGCAACUGUCCCCACAUUGGGUCCGUAAAGCCGAUUAAACUAUAGUAGGCC